AAUAAAAUAUGUCCUGAUGUAAUUGUUGAAAAUGAAUUAAAGUUCAUAUUGGAUUAUAGAUCUAAAGUCAAAGGAAUUUGUGAAGUGUUGACUCGUGAUCAUAUGAAAGUUGCUUUCUUUGGCAGAACAAGCAAUGGAAAAAGUACAGUUGUAAAUGCUAUGUUGGGAGAAAAAGUCCUUCCUAGCGGUAUUGGUCAUACAACUAAUUGUUUUCUACAAGUUGAAGGGUCUCAAACUGGUGAUGCAUAUUUAGUUACUGAAGGUAGUAAUGAAAAACAGAAUGUAGAAUCUGUUACUCAUUUGGCACAUGCUUUGAAUUAUGAAAAACAAUUAAAUGAAAAAGAAUUGGUACAUGUUUAUUGGCCAAAAGAUAAAUGCAGCUUACUAAGAGAUGAUGUAGCUUUAGUUGACUCUCCAGGAGUGGAUGUUACUCCACAUUUAGAUGAUUGGAUUGAUGCACAUUGUAUUGAUGCUGAUGUUUUUGUGUUAGUUGCUAAUGMUGAAUCCACAUUAAUGGUUACAUUCCAAAGAGCUUAA